AUGGAUGCCUCUCAGCCUCCUCUUCCGCCAUUGCCAUCUCUCUGCGAGAUUGAAACUCGGAUGCAAGUACUGCGCGUCUCUGCUCUUCAAGAGAACCAAACCGGUGAAACACUUUCUCAGCGUGCUGAAUGGUUUUACCAGAGACGCCCUCUCAUCCUCUCACUCUGCGAAGAUCUCUACAAAGGUUACACAACUCUCCUGAACCAUAACAACUACGCCAAACCAGAAAACCCUAAACCUGUUUUCCAAGACAAUGAUUCCGACACUAGUUCCGAAGUUACGAGCAUCUUGUCUUAUCAACAGAUGCAAAUCACCACUUGUGAUAAGCACAAAAUCGAAGAUCUAGUCUCGCAGCUCGUGACUGCGAACACUGAAAUAGCUAUGGCUCAAGACAAGUUGCGCCAGGGAGAAAAAAAAUACCGAGAAGCUACCAAGACGAUCGAGCUGUUAAAGAAGCUUGUGACGUUGCUUGACAUGGAGAAAGAAGUAGCGGUAGAGGAAACCGCGAAUCUCGGAUACAAACUCACUUCACUCCUGGAAGAGAACAGAGAGCUCGCCACCGAAGCGCUGUUCAUGAAAACGGAAGCAGUGAGGCUGGCGAGAUGCGUGCUUAAGAUGAGGGACGAUCAUUUUCACGAGAUGUGUCUUUUACAGAACCAAGUGUACGCGUUGCAGUCGUCGUCAUCGAGAGAGACUGUUUAUGAAAACGAAGCCUCGCCGAAAUGCUUUGGGUUGGAUAAGAGCAAGAGCAAGAAGAGAAAAGUGAGUGAAACAAGAAGUGAACCUGGAGAGAAGAAGAAGAGGAAGUCCAAGUGGUUGAAGAGACUUAAUCCUUUUGUGAAAUGCAGCGUUAGCCCAUCGCCUGGUUUGCUCCAUCGUCCUGCACAAUAA